AUGGUAAGAGGAUCCUUCAAGCUUCAAGUUGAGUUGAAUCCAAAGUUCAUUAGAUGUAGCGCAUUAACUAUAUCUAGUGACUUCCUGAACUUGAUUAAGGAGAGGCAAGCAACGGAUGAUAGUUUACAGAAGGUGAAAGAGCUGCUUAGAUCAGAUCAGGCUAAUGAGUUUGCCUUGGGUGAUAAUGGCGUGUUGAGAUUCAGAGGCCGAAUUUGUGUGUCUGAUGAUGCUGAGGCGAUGGUGGAGCAUCAGAGACCUAGUGGGAUGCUCCAACCAUUGGUUAUUUCGGUGUGGAAGUGGGAUAGCAUAGCUAUGGAUUUUGGUAUCCAUUUGCCACGAACCGUGAGAGGUCAUGAUGUUAUAUGGGUUGUGGUAGACAGGUUAACCAAGAGUGCCCAUUUCUUGGAAGUGAAUCUCAAGAUGUCUAUGGCCAACUUGGCUCAACUCUACAUCAAGGAGAUAGUUCUGGCAGACACUGCAGGAUGCUUUGGGAAGCAGGUUGAGGAUGAGUUCUGCUGCUUAUCAUCCUCAAAUAGAUGGGCAAUCAGAGAGGGUGAUUUAGUCCUUGGAGAACUUGUUGAGGACGUGAGUAUCGGGAUUGCGCGUUAUGAGACUUUGUACGGGAGGAGGUGUAAGACUCCCUUGUGUUGGUAUCAGGACGGUGAAUCAGUUUUGGUUGGACUUAAGCUGUUGCAACAAACCACGGAGAAGGUGCAGUUGGUGAGAGAUAGGGUGACCCGAACCACUUGUUUGGGAAGGGCUAUCCGCGCAAAGAAGCUUUCUCCUAAAUUCUUGGGUCCAUAUGAGAUCUUGAGGAGGAUAGGACUUGUGGCUUAUGAGAUUGCAUUGCCACCCCAGUUGGCUAAUCUCUGCCCAGUUUUCCAUGUUUCCCAACUACGAAAGUAUGUGUUUGACCCAUCACAUGUGUUAGAGGCUGAAGAUAUGCAAGUCAGGGAGGAUCUUAGUGGGGAGGUACAACCAGUGGCUAUAGUAGAUUGUCAAGUUAGGGAACAGAAGGGGAGAGCCACUAGUCUUGUUAAGGUCAGUUGGGACCGGAGGACAGGUGACUCUACUUGGGAGCUAGAGGAGGACAUGAGGAAGUCAUAUCCACAUCUUUUCUGCUCGCUGUUUGAAUUCUUAGAGCUGUGGUACCCCUUGGUUUCGUACCUGGUGGCGUUGGCUAGCAUCUAA